AUUAAACUGGUGGAUGCCGCAGAUGGAAGCGCUGUGCAAACAUCUCAAACCAGUUCAGAUGUUGCUGUUUCCUCCAGUUGCAGGUCUAUGGAAAUGCAGGAUCUAACCAGCCCGCAUAGCCGUCUGAGUGGUAGUAGUGACUCCCCCAGUGGCCCCAAACUCGAUAACUCUCAUAUCAAUAGUAAUUCCAUGACUCCAAAUGGCACCGAAGUUAAAACAGAGCCAAUGAGCAGCAGCGAAAUAGCUUCAACAACAGCAGACGGGUCUUUAGACAAUUUCUCAGGUUCAGCAAUUGGGAGCAGUAGCUUCAGUCCAAGACCAACUCACCAAUACUCCCCACCACAGAUUUAUCCUUCCAACAGACAAUACCCACAUAUUCUCCCCACCCCUUCCUCACAAACUAUGGCUGCAUAUGGGCAAACACAGUUUACCACAGGAAUGCAGCAAGCAACAGCGUAUGCCACGUAUCCACAGCCGGGGCAGCCGUAUGGAAUUUCCUCCUAUGGUGCAUUGUGGGCAGGCAUCAAGACUGAAGGUGGAUUGUCACAGCCUCAGUCCCCGGGACAGACAGGAUUUCUGAGCUAUGGCACAAGCUUUGGAACGCCUCAACCUGGGCAGGCACCAUACAGCUACCAGAUGCAAGGUAGCAGUUUUACAACAUCAGCAGGAUUAUAUACAGGAAACAAUUCACUCACAAAUUCUUCUGGUUUUAACAGUUCACAGCAGGAUUACCCAUCGUACCCCAGUUUUGGCCAGGGUCAGUAUGCGCAGUAUUACAACAGCUCGCCAUACCCAUCACAUUACAUGGCAAGCAGCAACACCAGCCCAACAACGCCGUCUACAAAUGCGACUUACCAGCUUCAAGAACCACCUUCUGGCAUCAUCAGCCAGGCGGUCACAGAUCCCACAGCAGAGUACAAUACAAUCCACAGCCCCUCAACACCCAUUAAAGAUUCUGAUCCGGAUCGAUUGCGUCGAGGUUCAGAUGGGAAGUCACGUGGACGGGGCCGAAGAAACAAUAAUCCCUCACCUCCUCCCGAUUCUGAUCUUGAGCGGGUGUUCAUCUGGGAUUUAGAUGAGACGAUCAUUGUUUUCCAUUCCUUGCUUACUGGGUCCUAUGCCAACAGAUACGGGAGGGAUCCACCCACUUCAGUUUCCCUUGGCCUGAGAAUGGAAGAAAUGAUUUUCAACCUGGCUGACACGCAUCUCUUCUUCAAUGAUUUAGAAAAGAGUGACCAGGUCCACACUAAAGACCUAGAUGCGGACGGAGAGGGGGAAGACAGAAACACGUAUAACUUUGGAACAGAUGGCUUUCCGGCUGCAGCCACCAGUGCUAAUUUAUGCUUAGCAACUGGUGUGCGGGGCGGUGUAGACUGGAUGAGGAAGUUGGCCUUCCGAUACAGACGAGUGAAAGAGAUCUACAACACCUACAAAAACAAUGUUGGAGGUCUGCUGGGUCCAGCCAAGAGGGAAACCUGGCUGCAGUUGAGGGCAGAGAUUGAAGCCCUGACGGACUCCUGGUUGACUCUGGCUUUGAAAGCACUCACCCUCAUUCACUCCCGGACAAACUGUGUGAAUAUUUUAGUAACCACUACUCAGCUCAUCCCAGCAUUGGCGAAAGUUCUGCUCUAUGGAUUAGGAAUUGUAUUUCCAAUAGAAAAUAUUUACAGUGCGACUAAAAUAGGCAAGGAAAGCUGUUUUGAGAGGAUAAUCCAAAGGUUUGGAAGGAAAGUGGUGUAUGUGGUUAUAGGAGAUGGUGUGGAAGAAGAACAAGGAGCAAAAAAACACGCCAUGCCCUUCUGGAGGAUCUCCAGCCACUCGGACCUCAUGGCCCUGCACCACGCCCUGGAACUGGAGUACCUGUAGCAGCCGCUAGCACUUUGAAACCCCACCAUCGCCCUGGGACGGGGACAAACCCAGCGGGCCGCCUCUGUGUCGGCGCUGGGCGACAGAUCUUAGCGAUUUCACUACAUGAUGAUGCUCAGCUGCUGUGGGUCUCGACCUCUUGCCCUUGUGGCAAAUGGAGGGCCUUGUCUAUUUCAUCAGAACAGCUGUCGACUCUGGUACUGUGAACCCAAUGUAAACAAGCCAUGAGAAUGUUCUACCAUGGUGUCUUUGCUACGUUACCUACACGGUUCAAACCUGUGAAGAAAGGACCUGCGAAGGCGUACGUUUCUAGCAGCUUCACUGUGACAUAAACAGCUCACACAGCCAACUUGAUUGCACAGCAGAGAUGGAAGCGUGCCUCCGAAAUACCAGUGGAGUCAGUUUCUUGUCAAGAAGGUCUACUUUUUGGUGUCUCAUACCCAGGGUAAUCUGUACAUCUCUACUUAUUUAUGAACAGACUGGUUUUUGUUUGUUUGUUUUAAACCAACUUUCUUGAGGUAUAGUUCACUCGCCAUACAAUUCACCCAAACAGAUUUGAACUUCAGAUCUCUGAAGAGACGCUAGCAUAAGAAAAAUAAAGUGACGGAAGGCCUUUGCUGCAAGCCACAGCAAGUACUUCUGAUUUUAGCACAUGGCAAAGUAGUUUAAACUAUGUCUAAUUUAAACGUGUAAUAUGUACAUCACUGAGACAAUCUUGUACAGAAAGAAUUUUUGGUGUAAAUUUGUAAUAAUGGAUGAUUCUUUUACAUAUUGUUUAGGAAAAUGAUAUUGAAAGUUAGAAAUGCCUUGAGCGUGAAGUAGGAGGCAACAUGUGCACAGGUGCAGUGCGGUGCCUUACUGGAUGAAGUGUUGGGUAUAAAUAUGUAGAUAAUGGGGUUGUUUUGUUUGUUUGGGGUUUUUUUAGAUGAUGUUGUCAAGACCAAAAGCAUGGAUGUCAAGUGUCAAUACGGAGGUUGUUUUUCCAAAAAUAUCCCCAUCUGUUUCUUUCUUUUCUUUUUCUUUCUUUCCUUUCUCCCUUCCUUCCUUCCUUCCUUCCUUCCUUCCUUCCUUCCUCCCUUCCUUCCUUCCUCCUUUCCUUCCUUCCUAUACUGUUAGAAGGGCAUGGUAAAAAUAACACAGCUGUUUCUUGAAUAAUUUGGGGGGAAACCGUCUUCUUCCCACCUCACGUUCUCCACAUUAAUGUAUUAUAUGUAACUACUUAGAAUAAAAUGAUUAUUCAAAUGCUUCUUCCCACAGAAAGAAUGUAGAUGAUAGAUUUAUUUUAUUAAUAAAAAAGGUUAGAUGCGUUGGAGAUGAGCACAGCAAGGUUUUCACAUUAUAUGCUGUGAAUUAUUUUCAUGUCUGCAUAUUUUUUUCUCCUUUAGAUAAAGGAGAUGACCACAAAUCUGGAAAUCAGCACAAAUGGGCUUGACUUGCCCACAGCCACAGUUUCUCUCUCUGUCUCUUUCUCCCUGAGGAAAGUUCAUUGUCAGCAGUGGACUUGGUAGACACAUCCUCACCGGAGGAAUUCAUGGUCCUCUCUACAUACCUGAUGUAUCACCGGACAAUACGUAAUCUGGGAAUUAAAAAAUUGUCACCUUCAUCACACCAUAAGAAAGCAUUCCCCAAGGUGAUCAUUCGUCCAGGCCCGAAUCUCUCUCAGCUAAAGCCUGUCAUUGAGACAUUCUUUAAUAUUCUGUUGGGGUGAAAAACAACCCCACCAGCUUCGGCCCAGUUUUCCACAGUAGCUGAAGAGCUACUUCCUCCUCUUCCGAAGCCCCAUGUUGCUGCUAGAACUAGUUACAGGCGUUUGUGAAGUCUCCAAAUUAUUUAAAUUAACAACUGGAUGGGCCUGUUUUCCCCUUGUUUUGCUUGAAGCACAUACAAGUCGGCAGUUUUGUUUUUUUUAACCUUUCCCUCUUUUGUACUCUGCAGACUGAACAGACAAAGUUUAUCUUGGCCUUGCUGUAUAAAGGUGUGUUGUGUCCACAACUGUGUACAGAAUUUUUCCUUCAUUAAUUUUGUGUUUAAAUUAAUAAAAUUGAUUUGUGAAAUACUGCA